AUGAAUAGUGUAGUUGGUAGAAAGAAGAAAAAGAUAGCAAAGGGAGAUCUUGCAUCAGAGAUAACGUCACCAGAUGAGGAAGACUCACAAAAACCUUCGGCCAAUGAAGAAAUCGUCUCUCUACUUGUUUCCAUGGGCUUUGAUCAUCUCCGUUGUCAGAAAGCUGCUAUAAAUACAUCAAAUGUUGGCGUGGAUGCGGCAUUGACUUGGUUACAGUCUCACGAGGAUGAUCCAGAUAUUGACAUUCCUAUUUCUGAAGGCCAUGGUUCUGAAGCUUUGACAACUCUUGACCAAUCAAAAGUUGAUCACCUAAUUAUGUUCGGAUUUCAAGAAGAUAUUGAUCGAAAAGCUCUGAAAGCAUCAGUAAUUUUUCUUUUUAUAUUUCCCCCUGUGGGCUUUUGUUUCAUGAUAUAA